AUGAAGAAUUUUCUGUUGAAGAAGUCGAAGCCAAAGACCCCAGCUGACCUUGUCCGUGAGGCUAGGGAUCUCCUGAUCUCUUGUGUCAACAACAACAAUAAUUUUGCCUCCUUUGCUCAGAAAUUCAAACCGAAAAAGAACGUCGCGGAAUCCAUCGGCAAAAUCAUGCUACAAUUGAAGUUGACGCUUUACGGGACUCCUGACUGCGAGCCAAUACCAAAAGAUUGUGCUGAACUCAGCAAAGAAUUCUUCAAUUCGAACACGUUACGCCUUUUGAUCGAUGCACUACCGAAAUUACAUCAAGACACUCGUACGGAUUCAACCCACGUUGUCAUGAAUUUGCUGAAGCGAAAAUUGGGAAACUCCCUGAUCGGUUGUGAUUACUUGGAAGCAAACUUGGAUAUAGUCGAUAUUUUAGUGAAGGGGUAUGAGAAAAAUAAAGAGACCGGGGCGUUACACAACAGCGCAAUCCUAAAGGAAUGCAUCCGGUAUCAGUGUGUCGCGAAAUACAUCCUGGAUUCGAAACCCGGGGGUAUCGAAUUAUUCUUCGCUUACAUCCAGAUCCCGGAUUACGAAAUCGCAGCUGAUGCAACCGAGACAUUCAAGUUACUGUUGACUAGGCAUAAGUCGACAGUCGCGGGAUUUCUGUCCGAAAAUUUCGAAUGGUUUUUCGCCGGUUACAACGCCAAGUUACUGGAGUCGGCGAAUUAUGUUACGAGAAGGCAAGCUGUGAAGUUGCUGGAGGUGAUUUUGGUGGAUCGUUCAAAUUCAAACGUGAUGGCACGACAUCUUAGCUCCAAGGAGAAUUUGAGGCUUGUUAUGAAUAUCCUGAGGGAGCCCGGGAUGGGCUUAAAAGUGGACGCCUUUAACGUUUUCAAGCUGUUCGUUAGGUACGAGAAGAAGCCCACAUGUAUUGUUAACAUCCUGGUCGCAAAUCGAAGCAAGCUGAUUAAACUCAUUCUUGAAGAUUUGAGGAUGGAUAAGAAGGGGGCUGACAAUGAUCUGCUUGAGGCUGAUAAAUCCAGUAUUGUCAAGGAACUUGCUACUCUUGGGACUAACGUUGGAACCAAAGUAAGCCCAUCAGUAGGUGUAGUCUUUUAG